GUGCUGCGCGUGCACCGUGCGUGGCCUGCCUGCUGCAGCUCCCACGCGUGGAGGCAAGAAUGACACCGGCGCGUCCUCACAUCCAGACAGCCUGAACGCUUGCACGCAUUUGCUUGACGGCUCCCCUCGAGAGACAGCACGAUGGCACCUUCACGGACACAAGUGCUUCUCGCCGUUGUGACAUUCAACGCACUGUGGGGGUCCGCGCUCGCCAUCACCCGCUACUCCAUUCCGGAGGAGAUGGAAGAGGGUUCCUUUGUUGCAAACCUGGCCACGGAUUUGGGUCUGGAUGUGCGCAGCAUGGUGGAACGGCAAGCUAAGCUGGACGUCAUUCACAGCAAAAAUUACCUCGACAUCAACAAAGAGACCGGGGAGCUGAUCAUCCGCGAGAAGAUCGACCGGGAAAGCAUCUGCAUGACGAAAACAACAUCAUGCUUCCUGAAAAUGGAUGUGAUUCUAGAAAACCCCAUACGUAUCUUUAACAUCGAGCUGGAGAUCAUGGACAUCAAUGACAACGCGCCAGUGUUCCGGAGGAAGACCAUUUACUUGGAUGUUUCCGAGGCAACCCCUCCCGGUGAGAGAUUCUCAUUAACAAAUGCUGUAGAUGCAGAUGUUGGAGCUAAUUCAAUCAAGACUUACUACCUAAGCAAGAGCAAAUACUUCAGCAUUGACAUUCAAACUGGCAGUGACGGCUCCAAAUAUGUGGACUUGGUUCUUGAUGGCAAUUUGGACCGGGAGACGGAUGAGGUGCAUCAUCUGAUUUUAACCGCUGUGGAUGGAGGGGUUCCUCCCCGCUCCGGUACAGCCAGUAUUAUUAUUAACGUGCUGGAUAUCAAUGACAACGCCCCCCUCUUCAGUCAACCGGUAUUUGAAGUCGAUGUUUCGGAGAACACCGUUGCCGGCGCCGUGGUUAUGACCUUAAACGCAACAGAUUUGGAUGAAGGCACAAAUGCCCGCUUGCUGUAUUCGUAUACGCUCUACACGUCUGAGAAGACACAGGAGCUCUUCUCGCUUGACCCAAAUUCCGGCGAGAUCAAGGUGAAGGGCGUGAUCGAUUUUGAGGAGAGUCAGAAUUUUGAGAUGCACAUCCAAGCUCAGGACAGGGGGGCCACCCCGCUGUCGGGUCACUGUAAAGUGAUGGUGUCCGUCACGGACUUGAACGACAACUACCCCGAGCUGACCAUCAAGUCGCUAAAAAGCGCCGUGACGGAGAACGCCGCCGUGGGGACGCUGAUCGCGGUGGUAAGCGUCGGCGACAGGGACUCCGGAAACAACGGGGAAGUGGAGCUCACCCUAAGUCAGCAGGGAAACCUGCCCUUCACCCUGAAUCAGUCCUCCGAGGGCUUCUUUCAGCUUCUCAUUUCAAAGCCGCUGGACAGAGAGAUACAGAGCAAAUAUGAAAUAACGCUGCGAGUGUCAGAUAAAGGCUCGCCGCCGCUAACUGAAAGCGAGACCUUCACCUUGGAGAUUCAUGAUAUCAAUGACAAUGCUCCCACAUUCCCUCAGUCCUUCUACACCAUCCACGUUAUGGAGAACAAUCUACCGGGGGCGUUGCUGACAUCUCUGAGCGCGUUUGACCCGGAUCUGAAUGAGAACCAAUACUUGGUGUAUUUCAUAAUGGAGAAAGAGAUAGUGAACACAUCCAUGUCGAUGCUCUUCUCCAUCAAUCCAGAGAAUGGAGACCUUUAUGCACUCAAGACGUUUGACUAUGAAAGAGAGAGGGAGUAUCUUUUCCACAUCGAGGCGAGGGACUCCGGUGUCCCUCCGCUGUGCAGCAACGUGACGGUUCACAUCAUAAUUCUGGACCAAAACGACAACACCCCUGUCAUCGUGUCGCCAUGGCGGGCACAAGGGUCUGUCGUCGAAGAGGUGAUACCGAGGUCGACGGAUAAGGGGCAUUUAGUGGCCAAAGUGAUCGCCAUCGAUGCGGAUUCCGAGCAGAACGCCCGGGUCACGUACCAGCUCUUGCAAAUCAGCGACACGAGCCUCUUCAGUCUAGAUCAGUACAACGGCGAGAUUCGGACGACAAGGAUGUUCAGCUACAGAGACCCCCGGCAACAACGUCUUGUCAUUGUCGCGAAAGACAACGGCGACCCCGCUCUCUCCGCCACGGUCACCAUUAAAAUAUCCACAGUGGAAAAUGCCAUGGCCUUUUCAGAGACCACAGAGUUGCCGCUAGAGUAUGACGUCUUCACAGACCUCAACUUGUAUUUAGUCAUCGGCUUGGGGGCCGUUUCCUUCCUGCUGCUCAUUACCAUCUUGGUGAUCAUUGUGCUGAAGUGUCAAAAACCAAAGCCGAAGGCCAUCAAGAUCCCACCGGCCAACAGGAACAGCGUGAUCAGCAGGAACAGCGUGAUCAGCCAGAGGAGCUCCACCAUCGCAGACUCCACCUUGAUCUCCAGCGAUGCCUACUGGUACAGUCUGUUCCUCGCAGAGACCAGGAAAGGCAAAGUGGUUGUGAGACAGCCCAUAAUACCCAAAGGAGCCGGGUAUUUUGUGUCCAGUAUACCCAGGAGCAUAGGACCAAGCGAGACCACAGAGUCCAGAGCGUCCACACUGGAGUACUCAAAAUGAAAGGAAGUCCAUUCUACAACUGGAGCAGGCAACCAGAAGGGAACUGCCGUGAUAUAAUCAUCUCCUCACGGGACGUGAAACAGCGAUUUUUUUUUUUCCUCCAGUCCCUCCAAGCCGUCCUCCAACCCUGCAAGUAUCAGCCGUGAAUCAUCACAGACCUUCUCCGUUCGGCAUGCAUCUGCAUGAUUCUAGAACACGUUUGAUUUGGACAAAGAGGUGAAAUUCUUGAUUGCUAUGGACACGCCUUUUCGCUUUCCACCCAACGGAAACAUUUGCUAGUGCUAAGUACACAACACGCCUAAUCAAUGAGUCAGGGUGAGCGUAAUUCUUCCAUACAAGUGAAUUGUAGCUCAGUCAUCCAGUUUCACUUUUUUCACACUGGUCACCUGUGGCCAUUUGAGUUAAUAUCUCAUAUUUUACUCAAAGAAAAACAAUGUAAGAUCAUUUUUAUACUAAAAAAAGCUCAGUUGGGCUUUAUGUGUCUGUGAUAUACUUGAUGACAUUUUGAAUACUUCAAAAAUAUCAAGGGAAUCUUUUUUGGGGGGAGGGGGCAUAUGUGCUGUUAAAAAUAACCUCACCGGCCAUGUAUUAAUGAUCUACUUGUAUUUUGGUGGCAGAACUUCCAUGGCAGCGCUAAUUAUUUAUUUCUAAGGUGCUCGGAAUGAGUGAUGAGGGAGCCAAAGAGGACUCAAACUGAAUGUUGGGUGAGAGCAGGGGUGUCCAAAGUGCGGUAAAAUGAUCAUAUAACAAGAAAACUAAAAAUGAACAGCAGCGCCAAAAAAUGGGAAAAAUCAGCAGUCAUUUUACAGGACUAAAGUCCAAAUAUUGAGAGAAAAAGUUGUAAUUUGAUGAAAAUUACGUAAUAAUUUUAGUGGCAUUAAAGAAUUAUUUUUUUUUAAGUGGUAAUAUUAUGACAAAUAAACAAAACAAAAUGGAGUUGUCAUUUUUUGGAAAAUGAGGUUGGGGAAAAGUUAUAAUAUUAUGGGAAUAAAGUUAAAAUAUUAUGAAAAUAAACUUUACAAAAAAAACCAACAACAGCAGAAAUGGAAAAACAGCUGUAAGUCCAAAUAUUCACGAAAAAAAGUUGUAUUCUAACAAGAAAAAAGCCGCAAUUUUACCAGCAUAAACUCAUAAUAUUAUGACGACCAAAAACAUUAUUUUAGUAGCAUGUAAAGUUGAAAUAUUAAAGAAAAAAAAUAUAUAUAUUUUUUAAAAAGUUGUAAUAUGGCAGACAAACAAAACAAAAUAAAGUUUUGGAAAAUUAGGUUGCGGAAAAAGUUAUAAUAUUAUGAGAAUAAAGUCAUAGGGAAGAAAAUGUACAAAAUUAAAAAAAACAAAACAAAAAUAGCAGAAAUGGAAAAACAGCUGUAAUUUCACAAGAAUAAUGUCCAAAUAUUAAGGGAAAUGACAUAUUCUAAUAGGAACAAAAGUUGUCAUUUUACAAGAAUAAACUCAUAUUAUUUUUGAGGAAAAAUAACAUUUUAGUAAUAAUAAUAAAGUUGAAGUCUUAAAGAAAUAAAUGUUAUGUUUUAAAAGUUGUAAUAUUAUAAGAAACAAACAAAACAAAAUCAAGUUUUGGAAAAUUAAGUUGGGGAAAAGGUAAAAAAUUAUGGGAAUAAAGUCAAAAUAUCAUGAGAAGAAAAUUUACAAAAUAAUAAAAAAAACAACAAUAAAAAUGGAAAAACAGCUGUCAUUUUACAGGAAUAAAGUCAAAAUAUUGAGGGAAGAAAAAUUGUAUUCUAAUGAGAACAAAAGCCGCAAUUUUACCACAAUAAAUGCUGAAUAUUUUAAGGCAAAUAACAUCAUUUGAGUAGCAUAAAGUUGAAAUAUUAAUGAAAAAAAACGUUUUAAGUUAUAUUUAAGUAAUAUGAGAAACAAACACAACAAAAUAGCUUUGGAAAAUGAGGCUAGGGAAAAAGUUAAAAGCUAACAGCAGAAAUUGAAAAACAGCUGUAAUUUUACAAGAAUAAAGUGAAAAUAUUGAGAGAAAUAAGUUCUAUUUUAAUGUGAAUAAAAGCCGCAAUUUUACGUGAAUGAACUCUGAAUAUUAUAAGGAAAAAUAACAUCAUUUCAGAAGCAUAUAGCUGAAAUAUUAAAGAAAAAAUAUUUUAAAAAUAAAUAAAACAAUCUAAAUUUGUAAUUUUGGUGAAAAUGAGUUUGUGGGAAAAUUUAUAAUGAUAUGGGAGUAAAGUCACAGUAUUAAAUAAAAUACACAAAGAAUACUUAAGGAGAAAUUUGAAAUACUUGGAAAAUUUAAAAAGAGCAAAGUUGAUACUAAUAAUCGGCUCACCUUUGCGGCCAUUGCUGGAAAAUGUUUGGACACCCCUGAGCGAACCAUAGCACCACUUAAAAAUAAAAAAAGUCAUAGAUGGAAGUUCAUCUUUUUUCCAUCAAUCAUAUAAGCUGAUAAAACUGGCAAUAAAAAUAUGACAAGGAGGAAAAAAUACAUGAAAAAAAGCUUUUUUAAUGCUAAAUCUAUCCAUUCAUGUCAACAAGGAUAUGAAAACGUAUUCAUCUCGGCGAUGAAUGAACGGAAGCCGAGGCGAGGUGGCUUCAUUUUCCACAUUCUUUUCUGGAUAUUCUAUGUCUUAACUUUUGAUGCUGCUUCCGUGAGCUUCUUCAAGGGCAUUUUGUGUUGCGUUCGUGUACGUUUAGUGGAUUUGAUGUUUUUCGCUAUACUGUAGUUCUGAAAAUACAGCAACUUUUUUAUUUCUCAGAAACAAGGGGCUGAUUAAAGCAGCUCCUUCGGGUGCUAAAGGAUGGAAUCUAACAGCCUGAAGUGCGUGGUUUAAAUCGGUAUGAAGGUCAGAAAAAGGGUAAACAAAUAUGCACAAAAAGAUCAAGGGAAUUGCAGCUGUAGAGAAUGUCCACAAUCAUACUUUAAUAGUUUUGCUACAUGUGUGAUAUAGCAGGGCUCGAUAAGACUGAGGAUCUUUUGCUUUGGAGAACAUGCAUUUGUGCAAUCAAUUUCUUAAAGCAGUCAAUUGUUAAAGUCCGAUAAGCUCUUUGCGUGCCUUCUGCAUUGUAAAACGAUACGGAUGUGGCUUUGGAAGAAUGAGCCGAUGGCAUUCUGAGCAGUAUUGACAAGAAUUUAGUAGGAAAUGCUGUUGGGAGAGCCUCACCGUGCCACUUAAGCACAUACUGGCAACAUUCAACACAAUAAAAUGUCACAUUUUGACACAAAAGUGUUGUGAUUUAGCAUGUUUUAGGACAUGCACAUUGCUGGUUCAAUCACUAAAUAGCACUGCUCAGUGUCAGAUAGGGUACGAUAGGAUUAGCCUGUGCUGGCUGCAUUUAGAGGUCAAAACAACAUGAAAACCAGAGAGAUGUCUAUGGGUGAAAAACAAGCAAUGGUGAAUAUCAGAGAAGAUGGAAAUGCACAAAUGAUAGUUAUUGCCAGUGCAACAUUUCGGAAUCUCGUGAAGAAGAAAACAAAAAAAAAAAACAGACACACGGGAAAAUGGAAAAAUCAUUUAGCGAGAAUAAAGUCAAAAUAUGACGAGAAGAAUGUAAUCUAAUGAGAAAAAGAUGUAAUUUACCAAGAAUAACGUCAUAAUAUCAUCAUUCAAGUUGCAUACACACUAAAAACCCAAAUGUAACCCAGUCGUUGGGCUACUGUAGCACCAAAAAAAGCACGCUGGGUUGGUCCAUUUUAACCAAGCAGAUGUUAGAGUAAAAUAUUCCACCUAAAUGCUGGUCAAAAUAAUUACAAUGCUGGUAGCUUGCUUUAGUAUGCUUUAGUAGCAUAUUGAAAUAUUAAAGAAAGGCAAAAAAAAUAUUAUUUUGAGAAACAAAACAAGAAAUCACGUAUAAUUUUUCAAAAAUUUGGUUGCGGAAAAACAGCGGAACAAAGUAAAAAUAUUAUGGGAAUAAAGCCGUAACUAUGAGAACAAAAUGUACUCAAAGAAAGUUUAAAUAUUUGGAAAAUAAGAAGGAAAAAUAAGAAAUGGUAGAAAAAACAACUGUAAUUUUAUGAGAAUAUUACGGGAAAAAAGUUCUAACAAGGAAAAAAAAUUGCAACUUGGUAGUAUUAUGAGAAAGAAACGAAACGUAUUUUUUUAAAAACUAGGGUGGGGAAAAAAGUUCCAAUAUGAUGAGAAUAAAGUUCCAAUGUGAUGAGAAUAAAGUUCCAAUAUGAUGAGAAUAAAGUUCCAAUGUGAUGAGAAUAAAGUUCCAAUGUGAUGAGAAUAAAGUUCCAAUAUGAUGAGAAUAAAGUUACAAUAUGAUAAGAAUAAAGUUCCAAUAUGAUGAGAAUAAAGUUACAAUAUGAUAAGAAUAAAGUUCCAAUAUGAUGAGAAUAAAGUCAUAUUACAAAAAGAAAAUCUACGAAUAUUAUUUAAGAAAAAAGUUGAAAUAUUUGGACAUUUUAAAAAGAGGAAUAACGGAAUAAUUUUUAAAGAGGAAAAUAUUCUAAGUCGGAAAAAGUCGUAAUUUCCCAAGAAUAGCGUCAGAAUAUUCUCAUUCUAGUAGCAUAAAGCUGAAAUGUUAAAGAAAAAAAGAUGUUUUUUUUAAGUCGUAAUGAGAAAUAAACAAAACAACAAAUAAAGAUGGAGUUAGUUAUAAUUUGUUAGUUAUAAUGUCAUGAGAAGAAAGUCAAAAUAUAAUGAAAAUAAAGUCGUAACUACGACAACAAAAUGUACUCAAAGAAAGUUGCAAUAUUGGGAAAAUGCAAAAAAAAAAAAGUAAAAAAAACCGCUGUAAUUGUACUAGAAUAUUGUAAUAUUGUAAUAUUUGUAAUACUUGUAAUAUUAUCAGGAACAAGAUGAUCAUUUUAGCAGCGUAGAGUUGAAGUAUGACAUUUUUAAAAAUGUUGUAAAAAAAAAAAAAGAAUAUAAGAAACAAAACAAAAUAAAGUUGUAUUUUUUUUUUUUAAUUAGCUUGGGGCAAAAAGUUCUAAUAUAAUGGGAAUAAAGUCAAAAUAUCAAAAGGUUUAUGAAGACAAUUUAAGAAGAAAGUUUAAUUUUUUUGGAAAAAAAACGACAGCAAAAACGUGAAGAAAGUUGAUGCUAAUAUUAAGCUUUUCCAUUUAUCACAAAGCUGACAUGCCGUUUUUUGUCGCAAUAUACUGCAUAUAACUUCUCAACACAAAUAUCAAAGUGGCAAAGUUCAUUUUUCACUAUGUGGCCCCCGCUGGUAAAUGUUUGGACACCGUUGAGAUGGACCAAGGAACUCAUCGGGCCAUAGAACUUUUUUCCAAAAUUUCUGAGGCUCAUUUCCGUACUUUUUUGGCAAAUUCCAGCCUUUUUUUUCUUUUUCUUCUGUUGUGCUGACUGAUUUUUCCAUCUCAUUGCUUGUUUUUCCCCCAUAAACAGCUCUCUGGUUUUCAUGUUGUUUUCACCUCUAAAUGCGGGCAAUCUGACAUAGACAUUCAUUUAUUGAUUGAAUAAACAAAGUAUUACUUCUGGAGGGCACCGUGUUAUAAUAUCAUUCAUUUAUGUAUUUUUUAUUACAAAAAUGUGAAAAUCCUACUAAAUUCUUGUGGGCCACAAAAUUCUGGUUCCUCCUCUGAUGAAAUCCAACAACGUGUGGUCUAAUAGGAUAAAUAUAAGAAAGCUAGUGACUGAGUUUUUGGUUUUCCAGACGCGUUAGAUGCAUUUACUGUAAAUUCAAACACUUUUUACCUUGUGUUUUUUUCAAUAAACUAGACUUUUUGAUAUCUUCACUGUGAUGGAAUGCACAGGAGGUGCUUUUGUUCUUCGCUUAGUGUCGUCACCUCGUGUCAUUCGUGAUCGCCGCUGGGUUUCUCCACCACGUCAGAUUGUACAGAACGCUGGAGAGCCACAUCCAACGUCCCGUCCCAUUUCCGUGGAUCCCAGACCCAAAGGGAGCGAAUGGCCUUGCUUUCUUUUCCCGUCCAUUUCAUUGUCGGGUUUUGAUGUCGCUAAUUUGGCUUUAAUGUUCUGCUUGAUGAUGAUAGUUUGAAUAAAGCUUUUUAAAUCAG